AUGGAUAAUGUAGAUUUAAAAAUUUUAAUUGAUGAUUUAGUAUUUAAUCAAAAUUUUCUUAAUUAUUAUGAUUUAAAAGCAUAUCUUCAAAAAUAUGAUAACAAUAUAACGGGUGAUGAUAUGGAAUAUUAUUAUCCAUAUUAUAAAAAUGAAAUUUUGAAAUAUCAUGAUAAAAUAAUUUCUAAAAUUAAAGACAAAAUUAAAAAUAAUGAAUAUAUAAAGGGAAAAACUAAAUCACAACUUAAACAAUUGAAAGAUUUCAAAAAUAAAGUAUUAACAGAAGAAGAUAUUGAUGAAUUAUAUAAAUUAUAUAAUCCUGAGCCGCAAAAAACAAAGAUGCAAAACGCCCAGGUCCUUCAGACCAUAAGUGAUGCACAAGCUUUAAUUUAUGAUUCAUUAGUUAAACCACACUCAGCCCGACUUUUAAAUGAAGAUCAACUUUUGGAAUUCAUCCUUCAACAUAAACUCGAAGCGGGAAAGUAUAUCAAACCUUUAUAUACAGUAUAUUUAAAACAAAUGAAUAAAAUACAUCCAGAAUUAAUGAAAGGAGGAAUGAAAUCCAAAAUCAAAGCAGAUAAAAUUAAACCACUUGCAACACCAAAACCUCUAACAGUAGUACCUCCUCCUCCUUCA